AUGGAACAGGGCGAAGCGGCGCCAGAGAGAUUCCAAGCCCACGGCUUUGCUUGCUCCUUCCUCCCCUGCCAGCAAGCCAGAGAGCUGUGCUGUGACGCAGUCUGUGAGAGGCUAUUGGCAGCCAGCCUGGAGCUGGCCGAGCGCUCACUGCGGUGCUCUCAGCCACGCAGGGAGACUGGAGGCUGCCUAGUGCACCUCUCCUGGGUCCCGCGGAGCAUCCACACCACCUGCGCCCAAGGGGACCCAGCCCUGCAGCAAACGAAGCCAGCCAGACUGCAGAAUGGGCUGGAAAGCUGGGUGCAGUAA